AUGUCGAUUCCGUCCUACACUGCGUGGGAACCGAAAGGCAUGAACGGAAGCCAAGAAGGCCACAUGCGGGCGCACUUCAAGCAGAGGAAUAUCUCGUCAACUUCCCUUGAGGGAAUGGAACGUCCUGUUCGCUCCUUUAAAUCGUUCAUCCAGACUGCCCCACCGAAUCCCACGGAGACAGACAAGGCUCUCCCACGCACUCCAGCGCCUUGGAAUCGAGCUGACUCGGAUCGAGAACGGACCCCAACCCCACCAUCUGCAGACUUCUCACCACUUUCAAGGGAAAGAACCACAAGCAUAGCCUCUUGGAAAGCGCCAGCAGAGUGGUACAACGACAGCGCGAGCGGGAAGUCUACGCAUACUCCGUCGCCAGGUCUAACGCCUCCGUCUUCUGUGCCAAGAAUCUUCUCUCCACUCCUCCCCGAACCAUCCCCAGACUUGGUCGGCAUGGCACAACAAAAAGCCUGGCCAACUUCGAGCUCUCCUCCUGCGAGGCGACUUUUGCCAAUAUACGAGCGUGGGGGCGGCUCUCCAGACUUGGGACCACCCGGAAGCCCCCCGAGCUCGCCUUUGCCUGCCACUCCGCCGCUCAAGAACCGACUCAUCGAAAACACUCCACCACCAGCACACCGGAGAGCAAAUAGUUCACCAAGUAGGAAAGUGGUAGGAACCGAUGCGUGCUCACAAGCGAUUUCGCGGAGUGACUCCACUAAGGCGAAAGCAUAUGCUUCCCUUGGCAUUGAUUCACCGUCGAAGUCAAGUCGUACCGAUCGAGAGUACUUGCGCGGCAAGAAAAUCCGUGCUUUGCACAAAGGCAGCCCUUUGGUUGAUGACAGCUGGGAAGACGAAUACAUGGACGAUAGAGCAAGAAAGUUGAGCUUUUCGCAGGACUAUCACGACCUUCUUGCCGAUCAGUAUCAGGAACUGAGCGUACGCAAAGAGGAGGUUCUUAACUCCGGAGGAGCCCAGCAGGUGUACGAACAGCAAAUCCACGAGGCUAAUUAUGUGGAAUCAAUGUCGAGUCUCCCUCUAGAGGAACGUGAUGCCGUCCCUCCGCCCUUGUCAUGGCGCAAAAGCCCAGCUCCAUCCACACCUCGCAACCACUCUCGUGAUGGAGCCGCAGAGCAGCCACCAAGUCCUGGACAGAAGAGUAAGCACAGAAGGUUGUCUUCAUUCUUCAAUCAUCACCUAGGUACCCUCGAAUCUAGUAAGGAAGAAACUGCGAAGAAAGAACGUCGGACCGCAAAGUCAAAGCACAAACUCGAGAACCAGGAAGACAAAGCUCUGGAAGACGAUUUGCGAUUCUCGAAGUUCUUCCAUUCCAACAGGCCCAUCAAACUUGGCAAGAAGCAAAAGAAGACUUCCGCUGCUAAAGCGUCCUCGGCCCCAUCUUCGCCGCCCCAAGCAAGUCCCCUGAUACGCUUACCAGGAGGCCUUGCUGUGGUACGGACCCAACCACCCUCUCCUGCUCCAAGAUCAGACGUAGUAAGUGACAAGUCGCCUACGUCCACGCAUACGCGUGGGAGCUCUCGGUAUGGCAGCGAUUACUCCCAUACAACCUCAAACUCCUACCAUAGCAACGAAUCGCCGUCGAUGGCGAACGUUCCCAUCGCUAUGCACAGUGCGUACCGCUUGUCGGGAGGCUCGUCCUCCUCUCACCACUCUGGCACCGGCCACCCGCUCGUCUUGGAAGCAUCGCCGCCGCUGCCUCCGUCACCACCGCCGGUCAUCCCCUCCCCGCUACCCCUAUCACCACCGCUUUCGCCGGAAACGUUGAAUCGCUUCCGAAGUCAAGAAAAGGACAAGAAUGUAGAACAUCGGUACACGCCGAAAUUCAUCGAGAAGGCGAGAGAGGCUCGCAGACGGCGUCUCACCGAGGCAAGGCAGGACAGGUUGAAGAGGAGUAUCAAGGUGUUGGGGCCGACAGACCCGGGCGUCGCUCAGGCAGGGUAUGUCAAAUCGGAGGAGAGGUUCGAACAGAGUGAUAGUGACUUGGAGGGGAGGUUGCCGGGUUACAUGGUCGGAGGACCUGCUUAA